UGCAGUUUGGCCCUCCAUAUUUCUGAAAUUGCAGUUUGGUCCCUCCAGCUUUCUGACAUUGCAGUUUGGUCCCUCCAGCUUUCUGAACUUACAGUUUAGUCCCUACAGAUUUUUUUUUAAAUUGUAGUUUGUAUUGAUGGCAACUCUUGGUGCUGAUUUUCUACCUUUGACGGGGACUGGUUCCUCUGCCACUCGGUCUUUGUCGACCUCGGCUGCAUCAUCGACGACCGUUGGUUUGACCACCCUUGACCUUCCUCGGGAUUUUCUUCCCACUUCGACUGAUUUUCGGCUCACUUCAGCCGGUGACUGGCCUACUUGGAGUGCCACGGUUCGUAAUGCCUUGUUUGGCCGAGGGCUCUUAUCUUAUCUCACAGAUGGUCCACCUGCUGAUGGUUCUGAUGAUGUUUUAACUGCUUGGACUCUUCGAACUAACCGAGUCUCCAGUUAUCUGAUUGAGUCUCUCGACCCGGCUCUCCGUCCUGAUCUAGUUACUCAAGCUGCCCAUGUUGUUUGGAGAUCUCUUACCUCUCGUUUUGUUGAACGCAGUGGGGCUCGUCAGUAUUCACUUCUCACUCAGGCUGCUACUGCUCGUCAGGAUGAUCGGUCUAUUCAGCAGUUCUAUCACCACAUGCGUGGUUUUUGGCGUGAGUUGGAGGUUUUUCUCCCUGCUGGCAGUCAUAUUGCUGCUGAUGUGAUUUUUUGGGAUAUGCGUCACAUGUACGAGUUUCUGAUGGCUCUCCGCCCCGAGUUUGGUCCUCUGGUUGGUCAGCUUAUACAUCGUGACCCCCCUCCCAGCCUCGAGACUGCAGUUGCUGAGUUAGUCGCCGAGGAGACUCGUCUUCGCCUACUAGGUGGGGUCAAGUCUACUCCUGCACCCUCUAGUUUCUCCGGUGUUCUUGCUGCAGCUCCCUCUAGUGUUUCCACAGCUCCCUCUGGUCGUCCUACUUGCCCUCAUUGCAUGCGGCCAGGUCAUACUAUAGAUGACUGUUGGAAGCUCCACCCCGAGCGUCGUGUUGGACCUCGUGGCCGCGGCCGCCGUGCCUCCACUUCCACUGUUGCGGCUGUUACUCAUGCACUUCCUUCUCCUGCUCCUGCUCUUGCUUUGCCUCAGAUUGAUAUUCAGCAAUUUCAGCAGUUCCAACAGUAUCAACAGCGUCUUGAGCAGAUGACUACUUCUUCUAGCACUGGUAGCACUCCUGCACCCUCUGCUUUCUCAGCCACUGGAUCCGUCUACCAACCGGGUGAUUGGCAGUGGUCGUAGAGUGGGUGGCCUCUAUCAUCUCCAGUCCCUCCACAUUCCCUCCUCGCGUCCCAGUUUUUGUGGUCUUGCCUCUCCUACUCCUGAUAUCUGGCAUAGACGAUUAGGUCAUAUUUCUGAAUCGCGACUGAAGAGUCUCUCCCUGUCUGGAGCUCUCGGUCGUGGUCCUUUUUCUGCUUUGAGUCCUUGUCUUGGUUGUAAGCUUGCUAAAGCUACAGCACUCCCCUUUUCCCCCAGUGUAUCCCAAACUUCUAGUGUUUUUGAUCUAUUACAUUCAGAUAUUUGGGGCCCUGCACCUCUCCCUUC